CCGCGGAACACAAGCGCGUGCAAGCUGAUGCUCGCUCCCGCACUUCGCCACUGUUGGCUUCACGCGCGCACGCGGAUAGAGAUGAGAGUGCCAAAGCAGGGUGAAUGAAUAAUGUUCUGUAGGUUCCACUGAGUCGCUCACGGCUGAUUUCUGGAUCACUUCAUCACCAGAUCAACAGCAGAAGCAACUUCCCUCCCUCCCUCACUCACUCACUCACUCACUCACUCUUCUCAUCCCCUUGCUCCAUCGCUCCCUUCUCCCCUCAUCCCCCCGCUCUGUGGCCAUGGAGGCGCGAGGAAAAUUUGACUUCAGCGCCACGGCAGAAGACGAGCUCAGCUUUCGUAAAGGAGAUAUCCUGAAGAUCAUCGGCUCUCAGGAUGACUGGUUGAAAGCAGAAAUGCACGGACAUGAAGGAUUCAUUCCGAAGAACUAUGUGGACAGACAGAUACCCAGCUGGUUCCAGGAGAAUGCCAGUCGCAGCACUUCAGAAGAAAUGCUCAAGUCCCGGGAGGUGGGAGCAUUCCUGAUCCGCGGCAGUCAGAGCUCACCUGGAGACUUCUCCAUCUCUGUGAGACACGAGUUUGAUGUACAACAUUUUAAAGUGAUGAAGGACAAUAAAGGUCAUUAUUUCCUGUGGAGUGAGAAGUUCACGUCCCUCAACAAGCUGGUGGACUUUUACAAAACAUCCUCCAUCUCCAAGCAGAGAGACAUCUUCCUAAAAGACGGAACCCGAGAGGAAUCCAGAGUCCCAGCGCCUCAUCCUGUAAAGAAAGAGAACAGCCGCCCCCAACCAGCAACACACCGCAGACCCACAGAGCAAACUCAGCAGAAUAAACCAGGCGGUUUGGAGGAGAGAACUCACAGCAUGGGUUCUGCAGGGAAGAACAGUCCUGUUAAUGCCCUACCUACACCCAGACGCCCUUCUGACAUCAUACCUGCACCGAGGCCAUCUGUACAGGUGAAGGCUCUGUAUGACUUUGUCGCAGAGGAAGAUGAUGAGUUAGGCUUCAACGCUGGUGACGUCAUUGAGGUUCUGGAUCGUUCCGAUGCGUCAUGGUGGAGAGGACGCCUGCGCGGGAACGUAGGACUUUUCCCUGCUAACUACACGGAUCAGAUGUAAACCACCCGGUGAAGCGGUUCUUUUGUGGCGCUUUUACACUUUAAGUCAGAUCUUCACUGAUUACGAGGACAAGAUAACGACAUUAAUUGGAUUAAUUUCAGAAUCAUGAUUAAGUGUGAAUAUUUGUGCUUUGAACAGAGAGGUACGAUUCAGUCUGACUCCAGAUCCCACACACAGACGGAACGGGAACGCGCUUUUAUUCUCCUGCUGAGUAACGGCUAUCAUAAUCAUUGUUCCUCAGUCUGGCUCCUGGACACCUCAGGUUCUCUCUCUCUCUCUCUCUCUCUCUCUCUCUCUCGUCCGAGUUAACCUGAGUGUGUGAGAGAUGGGAGAACACGGAGUGUGUUGUCAGGAGGAAUUCCAGGACCAGGGUUGAUCCACUGUACAGAAGAACAACUACAAACAUCUUUCUGUAUAUUUAAUAUUCAGUUUAUUGGAACUAACAUCAGAGCCAGGACCAGUCACUAGUCUACAAAACAGAACCUUUUCCCCUGAUUUUUUUUUUCAAUUAUUAUUCUUUCUCUCUUUCUUCUUUUUUUUCUUUUCUAAACGUUUUUCUUAUGCUUGUCUUUUAUAAAAAAAAAUUAACCUCAACAAGGUCUUUACUGUAAUCUAUAAUAUGAACCAUUUAUUAUUAUUAUUAUUAUUAUUAUUGCUA